AUGCACCCGCACGACCGCACGAACAAGAAAGUCCGCAAGACCAAGGAGAUCCGCACAACCGUGAAAAACCACAGGACCAAGAAUAUGACCACGGCCUGGUCGGAGAUUCGCACAACCAAGGAAAUCAGCAAGACCUCCGAGAAGAUCCGCAGAACUACGAAAAUCCCCUCGUCCAUGAAAAUCCGCAGGGCCCCCGAGAGGAUCAGCGCGACCAAAAACAUUCGCAAGACCAGGAAGACGAUCCGCAACAGCAAGGUCAGGAGGACCUGGAACAACCGCAGGACCAAGAAUAUCACCGCGGCCUGGUCGAAGAUCCGCACAACCAAGAAGAACAACAUGACCUGCGAGAAUACCCGCAGAACCAAGAAGAUCCGCAACACCAGGCAGGGACGCAGGAGCAAGAGGAUCCGCAGAACCAUGACGAUCCGCAAGGCCAAGGAGAUCAUUGUCAUUCUCACCCCUGUCCGGGUUGAUGGCCUCGUGACCAAGAGCACCCAAAACCGCGUACAGAUCCUCCUCGACGCGGGUGGCAAUGUCGCCCGCGAAUUGGCUAGGGACGAACUCGGGUGCCUCGCGUCGGAGCCGAGGCACGACUCCCACCUGCUCAACUUCGCUCUUCUCGCACUUGUCCAGGAAGACCUCGUGCCCCUCGGCAGCGGCGCGGCGAAAGAGGCGACGGUCACGGCGAUAGACACGGUUGCAGACCGCUCAGCGCCUGUGUAA